AUGGUAAAUGGAGAAGAAUUAAUAGAAAGUCAAACUUUGGUGGACGAAGAAGUCGAACUUAAAGGGAAAUUUAAUUUAAAAACAGAGUUAUUAGCAGGUACUUUAGCAGGUGUAUCAUCAUGUAUAUUAUUUUAUCCUUUGGAGUGCAUAGAGGCCAAACUACAGGUUCAAAGCAGUAUUCCCACAGGUACACAAGCAGCAGCGAAUAUAAUAAAAGAUAAGAAAAGACCCAUGAAUAUGGGUGUGUCUAUAGGUGCACAAAAUUCUAUAGGACCAGUUACAUUAGCAAAGAAUAUAUUAAGAACAGAGGGAAUCAAAGGAUUUUAUCAAGGGGUAUCACCAACAAUAUUAGGUAAUGCAGUUAAUUGGGGUGUUUAUUUUUCAAUUUAUCGUGCAACUAAUCAUUGGUGGAAUAUGCCCGAUAUAAAUGGCAAUGUUUAUGAAGGCCCAGCAUGGGUUGGUCAUUCAGUUUCAGCUAUUGCAGCAGGAUUUAUCACCACAGCAAUUGUUAAUCCAUUCUGGGUAUUAAAAAUUCGUUUAGCUACAACAAAAAAAUAUAGCGGUAUUGGGCAUGCAUUUCAUUCAAUUCUUCGUAGUGAAGGUGUAGGUGGAUUUUGGAAAGGUGUUGGUAUAUCAUUUAUUGGUGUCUCUGAAGGUUUAUUUCAAUUUGUUUCAUACGAAUAUAUAUUGGAUCAAAUAAGAGCCUCAAAUCAAAAUCACCAACUUUCAGUUGGAAACUAUUUGUUUGCUGGUGGUGCUGCAAGAUUUAUUGCAGGUUGUAUAACAUAUCCCUAUUUACUCAUUAGAUCAUCACUUCAAUCAGAACCAUGCCAAUAUAAAUCAAUGUCAGAAGCUAUUCGAGGUAUUUAUAAAUCUGAAGGUAUCAAAGGAUUUUAUAAAGGCAUAGGCCCAAAUUUAGCAAGAUCUGUUCCACCUGCCGCUUUUAUGCUCUAUAUAGUCGAAUUUUUUAGAAAUUUAUUAACCUCAUCAUAA